CUACAAAGGAACCAGUAUGAGGUGAAUCUCGGAAACAUGGUUUCAUUCCUCGAUCGCAAGCAUGUACCGUUUUAGUGUCGUCCUGGUGUCGAUCCUGCAAGUGGAAGCUUUAACGUUUUUACCAAAAAGUGAAUAUGCAAAAUCCCAACAUUUUCUGGGCAUCAAGUGCAUUGAAGAAUUCCAUAAUUGACAUUUUUAAAUUCCUCUAUUCUGCAUUUUGCCAACAAGCUUUAAGCUUUACUCACCCAUCAUUUUUGUAAAAGCAUAAAAAUAAGUAAUAAUUAUCUCACAAUUAUUUCAAUAAAAGCAUCUUUAGAGUACGCUAUUUACAUAUAUACCAGGAGAUAUUACAUAAUGACUUUUGGUCCCUAAGUUCCAACCUUCAGAAAGAGGAUUAGUUUUCAUCAACAGCCUCAACAUACCGUAGUGAACUAUUUAUAAUUCUAAUAAUUAUACACAUAUAAUUUGUUUAUUUGAUUCAACUACAAGAGUUUAAUGAAUGACUCCUUAGAUAAUAUGCUAUAUAACCUAACCAUUUUAAAAGUGAUUCAUCUCUGCAUGUUAAUAAUCUAUUAUAACGAAAAUAUGUUAGAAUAACUCACUGCAAGUGAAAACGACAAAUGGCAUCGUGCAAGGAACCGAAAUGACGACAGAAAAUGGUAGGCGCUACUUCGCUUUCAGAGGAAUACCAUUUGCAGAACCACCACUUGGCGAAUUGAGAUUCAGGAGUCCUCGACCACCAAAGAAAUGGAACCAAGUAGUAGAUGCAACAAAAGAUGUUAAUUCCUGCGUAGAAAUCCGAAUCAGAAAAUCGGGAGCUACUAUAUUUGGUUCGGAAGACUGUCUUUACCUCAACGUAUAUACACCAGUGGGGAAGUUAAAGGGGAAACAAGAAAUCUUACCAAUAUUCUUUUUCAUAUAUGGUGGAGCAUUCAUAGAAGGGACAUCAUCUUCUGACCUGUACGGGGCAGGUUACUUCAUGGAAGAGAAUUUUAUUCUUGUAACUGCCAACUAUAGACUAGGAUUGUUUGGUUUUUUGAGUACUGAAGACCUAGCAUCGCCAGGCAAUUAUGGCUUGAAGGACCAACACUUAGUGCUUCUUUGGAUAAAAUCCAACAUCCGGUAUUUUGGCGGCAAUCCUAAGAAUGUCAUAAUCAUGGGGCAGAGCGCGGGUGCUACUAGUGUCAUGCAUCAUGUUGUCUCUCCAAGAAGUAGGGGGCUAUUCCAUGCCGCGGUACCGCUUAGUGGAGACACACUAGCCGAGUGGAGCAAUCAACGCAGGCCCAAGGAUAUCGCAGAUGACGUGGCCGCAGCGUUAGGAAUUCAAAAUGAUAACACUACUGAAUUUGUAGACACAUUGAGACGAAUGCCCACUGAAAGAUUGCAAGGAGCUAACUUGAAGGUUAUUUUCGUUCGUGUACCUUCAACACUCAUGGAUGGAGUAACAUUCACACCUACAAUUGAAGUUGAUCACAAGGAAGCGUUUAUUAGAGAUAUAACAUAUAAUUCUCUAGAAAAUGGAAACUUUAAUAAAGUACCUGUAUUGAUGGGUAGUACUGGCUUAGAGGCACUAUUUUUCGCAGGGGUUAUCGACUCACUUAGGUUCAUAUUGUUGAUAUACGAUUUGAGUCCUGCUAUGCUAAUAACAAGACAUGACACUAUAUAUGAGUGGCAGAAACCUAUUGUAGGUAACAUGAUCAAGAAGCAGUAUUUUGGUAACGACUUUGCAUCCUCAGCACCCAAAAUGCGAUUAAUAGAGUAUCUUUCAGACUUAUUGUUCAUGAGGCCUUUAACAAAAACGGCGAAGCUGCUUUCGAAGUUCACCAACGUAUAUUUUUACGUAUAUGACUACGUCAUACCAACUGUAAAAGCAUUCUACGUCAACGAAGGAUAUUAUUUUGAUGCACAAAUCAAAGGUGCUGGACAUUCUGAAGACCUGGGCUGCUACUUCUUUCCCAAAGGUGUGCCAAAAGUAAAUGUUGAAAUAAAGGAUUCCGAAAUCAGGCAUUGUGCCAGAAUGAGGAGGUUUUUAAUGAAUUUCGCAUUAUUUAGGAAUCCAACACCUCAAAGGGAUGCUGAAUUACAAAAUAUAUUGUGGCCUCCAGUUAAAGCACCCAACGAAGUUAACUAUCUAUAUGUUGCUAAUAAAAACUACACAGUAAAACAAAAUUAUCGAGGAGAGUAUAUCCGUUUCUGGGACAAUAUUUACAACACAUACUUCAAGAAACCGUAUAGGUGUUAUUGAGAUCCUUGAGAGGUAUUGCUUCAAGGAAGAUUCGUCAGCUGCAGUAUGACUUGGCAAAGCUGAUAGCUGGACUAGUAAAUAAUUUUGUAAAGACUGAUUAUAAGUAUCCUGGAUUUUUGUUGAUUAACCUUAUGUAAAACGCGAAAGUGUUAGGUUAGGUCGUGAAAAAAGUAAUGCAAAUUUUAUUAUUGAUGGAUUCUUAGGUGCCAUUGGAUAAUAAAUCUUUUGAAAAUACUUUGAA